UCGAGUUGACUAACGGCUUUUAUUUUCUCUGCCUAGACUAUUAUGUCGAUUUGGUUCGUCAAGGCGCCACCGACUUUGGAGCAGAUCAUCAUGGAGGACCUUACCACAUAUUGGGACUGCAAUAGCCAAGCCGGAAACAACGCGCCGUUCUUUGCAUUGUUGUUUGUGUACGAUGCCGCUCUGCUUCUUCUGGCGACAUAUCUCGGCUACAAGAACAGGAAUGUUGCCGCCAAUUACAAUGAGUGCAGACAGAUCGCGUUUGUGGUUUAUAACAUUCUCCUUUCAGGAUGCAUUGCGAUGCCUACUGUGUUCCUGCCUCAGGAUCAGUUCCUGACAAAGUUCUUUCUUACGAACAUCGUUCUGCUCUUUGGGACGACCGUCUCGCUCAUGUUCAUGUUCCUUCCAAAACUCUGGAAGCUAUUCUCGCAGAUCGAGUACGCCAAACAGACCAGUUCGGAUGGAGCGGAGGACAGCAGCUUUGACGGGUUGUUCAAUAACCAGGGACCAUGGCUCAAUACUGUCAGUGGAAAUGGAAACGGGGCCGGUAGCACUAUCGGAGAAUACCCGCCUGGUGCGAGGAAGGGUAGCAUAGGUUCGAUAGAGGAUUCAAAAGCGGGCACACUGAAGGAAAGUCAUCUGGGGUACAUGGGUGUCAAGUUCCAAAACCGGUACCUGCCGUUUUUAGCGAGCUGGUGCAUGAGACGCGUCAUUCUCUUUCCAGCCGAUAAGCACUUUACUGCAUUCGAGACGGGAAGACCGGAGGCAGGGCGUACGUACACAUACAAGGACGUGUCCAUAUACUCUCGAGAACCAGACAGCUACAUCCUUCGCGUAAUCGGUUGUGGUCGAUUCAAUUUUCUGCUGCAGGUCAAGGACGAGGAGCGUCUGUUGCACUGGCACAGUCUAUUCGGGAACAAGCAGGGCAAUACUUUUGCCUCUGUGAAUGACGACAAUGCCACUCUUAUGCUGCCGGAUGGAAACCUAUCCGGUGACUUAUUCCAGACGCGUAGUGAGCAUGAUCAGACACUUGGAAUGGGAUAUUCGAGCCAUGGCAGCAGGAACACAUCCGAUGGAUCAAAAUAUGUGAGCGGCGAUGAAGGGUGCUACUUUAGUCGUGCGACGCGUGGACCUUAUGGUCUAGCGACGUCCGAGCUUCAACAGCAUCGCCACACGGCUAGCUCGUAUACCAUGGUGACCUUCACGACGAGUCCAUGUUCUAGUCUCCAUGAAAUAGAGCGGCCGUAUGCUUUUAUGGAUUCACCGUCUCAACAAACGACUCUUGGUGUUUCAAGCGCCGAUUCUGGUACUCCUGAACGUCCAUUAAUGGCAGGAAGAACCACCUUGACGCAAUCCUCGCCUACGGACCAUACGCAUCCAAAAUAGCCACAAGAUAGAAAAUGAAGUGGUUGAUCAUCAGCUGUACUUUACUAUUGGCGAUACAGGGCAGGAGAGAGACGGAUCCUUUAAAGGGCCUUCAUGACGGGCCUUCAUCAGCAAAUAAAUGAGCU